CUGCACAAAGACACAAAAUGAAGGUUACUGCUGCAACCGCUAUGGGCUCAGUGAAAUCAGCCGGUCUCUCUCUUCUUCUGUUGUCUUUUCUUCUUUAUGUAGCUGAUUCCUACCCCAACAGUGAACUAGCAAACAUGGGCUGUGAGGAGUGCUCGCUUAGAAAGAAUGGUGUUUUCUCUGUUGAUCGUCCUCUCUAUCAGUGCAUGGGCUGCUGCUUUUCCAGAGCAUACCCAACGCCUCUCAAGGCCAUGAAGACAAUGACCAUACCCAAGAACAUCACCUCGGAAGCAACGUGCUGUGUGGCCAAGCACAGCUAUGAGACCGAGGUGUUCGGCGUACGAGUGAGAAACCACACCGAAUGUCACUGCAGCACCUGUUACUUUCAUAAGAUAUGACAGAUGGGAAGUGGAGACCUUUCUGUAGCACUCAGCUUGGCAGUAAAUGAAGCUCUUUUUAAUAUGCACAGGCUAAUCUUUGUUUUAAAUGUAUACUCUUGUGUUGGCAGAUGUCUGUGAUGUGUAUUUAUUAGCCUACAUUUUUGCAUGGAUAGACAAAUAUGAAAAAUUGUAGACUAAAAAGCAAUUAAA